GUGCCCUAUACCACAACGACCAUAUAACUAUAGUGUCUCCAGAGUGACGUCACAAAUUGUUAGAGACAGAUCAACAGCUCACCACUAGUACUUUAUUUACUCUAUGAGCACACCAUUUUAGUUUCAAAAUGGUCUAAUAUGGUGACAGAAACCUCGUGUUAAAAGUUGUGUAAACUAUACCAAUUUGUUUAGAAACGUUCGUACUAAUCAUGUCACAAGUUGAUUUAGAUAAGUUAGCUUCACAGUUAGAAAAAGCGCACGUUGCAACACCAUUGUCUUCUGAAAGCGGCGUGAGUUUUAAAAAUAAGCAGUUGAAGUUAAAUACAGAAGAUGAUGCCAAAGAAAUUAUUGAGGCCAUAAAUAGAUGCAAGAACCUAGAGUACCUGCAUCUGGGAGGAAACACGUUGGGUGUGGAUGCUGCCAAAGGGAUCGCUAAAGCCCUGGAGCAGCAUGGAGAGUUCAAGAGAGCUCUGUGGAUGGACAUGUUCACUGGGCGGAUGAAAGAAGAAAUUCCAAAGGCAUUGCAAUUUCUUGGUGCGGGUCUAGCACUCUCGGGAGCGCAGCUUGCUGAGCUGGACCUCAGUGACAAUGCCUUCGGGCCCAUCGGCAUGGAGGGGCUGGCGGCUCUGCUGCGGAGUCCGACGUGCUACACCCUCCGGAUCUUGAAACUCAACAACAAUGGCCUUGGGAUCACUGGCGGAAAGCUGCUGUCCAGGGCACUCCUCGACUGCCACGCCAGCAGCAAGGCGGCCGGCCAAGCCCUCGGCCUGCGGGUGUUCGUGGCCGGCCGCAACCGGCUUGAGAAUGACGGAGCCGUGGCGCUUGCUCAAGUCUUUGAGGCGAUGGGCACGCUGGAAGAAGUUUCCAUGCCGCAGAACGGCAUCUGGCACAGGGGCAUAACUGCCCUCUGCAAGGCGUUUGCGGCGAACUCGGGGCUGCGGGUGGUGAACCUGAACGACAACACGGUGCGCGAGAAGGGGGCUGCCUCGAUGGCCCAGGCGCUGCCCAAUCUGCAGGGGCUGAACAAUUUGAACCUGGGCGACUGCCUCUUGAAGACCAAGGGAGCGCUGCUGCUCGCCGAGGCCCUGGCGGACGGCCACGUCGAUCUGCAGGAAGUGGUCCUCGGAUUCAAUGAAAUCAACGCCAGAGGUGGUGUGGCACUAGCCAAAGCCAUGAAGAACAAGAGCAAACUGAAGGUGCUGGAGCUGGGGGGGAAUCUGUUCGGCAAGUCUGGAUGCGAUACCGUGACAUCAGAGUUGACUCGGAGCGGGAGGCUCGAUGCUUUGGCCAGCCUCAGUGAAGAUGAAGACCCUGAUGAUGAGGAGGAAGAGGAAAAAACAAGUAGUGAUGAAGAUGACAAUUCUGAUAACGAGAGUGAGAAUGACUCCAUGUUGGAUAAUUCAUUGGGCAAAACAAGCCUUCCAAAGGUGUUACCACCCUUGACCUUGAACAUAUCUCAAGUACCUAAAUCACUUGGGGAAGAAUCCCCUAAAUCGACCAUACCUCAGGUUCGCAAACUGAUAGAGGAGGACUCUCCAAAAAACGCUGACAUCCCACACAUCCCAAAGCUUUUGCAAAUGUCUCCCGAGUCGCCUAACAGACCAUUUAGCCCUGGCCAGCUGCUUCUGUCUCCAAAAUCUGCAUCUUUUUUAAGUUCUAGAUCCUCAUUCCAUGAUAAUAAAAAAUCAGUAAUAUCUCCUAAAUCCUGCACAACAUUACCGACUUCCCCGCUUAUUCCUCUGCCCUCGCACCUAACACCUUCAAGGCUUUUCCAAGAUGUAACCAAAGAACCUGCAAACAGUGAACAUCUCUCAUUUCCUCCUAAAACUAUUAACAAUGCUGAAGGCUCUAAACUAAUGGCAGUGGAAGCUCCUCAUGGCGGGGACGCUUCCCAGGUUUCGGAACUAACUCAGGAUGAUGUAACAGUCACAGUUAAAGAAUUUCUGAAAGCCCCUACUGCAGAAAACUUUUUGAAGUUCGGUAGUAAUCGCAAGAUGAUUUUAAUUAAUGAAAUUAAGAACUAUGGAGUUGAAAGCUACCUCGAACAGGCUAUGCCUCUUCUCAUGAAAGUAUCUGCUCUGAGCUCUCACAGUGAUGUGAUGGUCCGGAGUUCUGCACUGGAGUGCACUGAGAUGCUGUAUCAAGAGGUCUUCAGGUGGGGACAAAUGGAAGACCAAAAUGUUGAGCUCAUUAACAGCCUCUUGGUCCAUUUAGGACUUCUCAAGACUGAUGACAAAUUGUUUGUGCGGGCAUGGAAUUUGGAAGGUUGCAUUUCGGCUUUGAAGCAUGUGAUCAAACAGAAUUACCUUCCAAAUACUGCAAAGGACACAGUAACAUUGUUUUUAAAGCGACAAGUAUCAACAUCUGUGCCGAACACCCAGACUGUGCUAACACCAGUCACCAUUACGUAGUAGCUCAUUUGAAAUUUUGAAUUGUACUGUGUAAUGACUUCAGAAACCAAAUAUUCCAAUAUUUUGAUAAUUUUGUUAAGUAACAGAUAAAAUAAACUUUUCCUAUGGACAUAAUAUUUAUUAAAAUGGGUUUCCUUACACUUCCAUAUCUUAACAGUUUUUCAGUGAUACACCACAGGAUAAAUUGAAAACAGCUAAAUCGCUGUUAAGGUGGUUUACUAGGACUCUGGUAACAAUACUUGUGCUGUCACACGUCUAUAGACGGCAGGUCUGCUGGAAACAACACUACAAAGGGCUUCUUUGUUCGACUCUUGCUUCAGACUGUUCUCUCAAGACACCAGUGUUGUAGAUAAGUGACACACACAAAUACUUUGCCACAUGGAAUGAAAUACUGUAUUCUUAAACCUACCUUACUGUAAAAAGCUAUACGGUAUUUGGUAAUAAAAAUGAGACCUCUCUUUUAACUUGUGGCAAAUUUUAUAUUUUAAUACAAAUAUUUGCAACUGAAAUUUUUCUCUUUUGUUGUGAAACUGGGCACAAAUGAAUAUUUAUUAUAACUAUGGCUUGAUAGCAGGGUAUGAAAAAAUCCUGAUUUUUUAAAAAAAAUCAAAAAAAUCAGAUUUUUUUGAUUAAAAUCUGUUUUUUUUUAUUUAUUAAAAUCAGAUUUUUUUACAUGCUUUAUAUUAGCUUCACCUGUAUGUUUGUUUGUCUGUCCGUCUGUAACUCUUUCGACUAAGAGUGAGUGGCUCAUCACUGUAAAAUGUCCCACCAAUUUCAUUAUGUUCGUUAGCCGAGCGGUCUAAGGCGCGCGACUUCUGUGACGUCAGCUUUCGGAUUCAGUGAUCGUGGGUUCUACUCCCGGCCACGCCGAGAAUUUUUUUUUUUUUUUUUUCGGUAAA